CUUCUUCCUUUUCUUUCUUCCUUCUUUUGCUCUUUUAUUUCUUUUCUUCUUCCUCUUCGCUCUUCUUCUCUUCUGGGUCACUUCAGGUUUCUUUGUAUAGUUCUUCAUCGUUUUGAACGAGUUCAUCGACCACACAAUCAUCUCCUUCCUUACCAUUUUCCCUCACAAAGUACACACAUACAUCAACUGCAUUCUUAAUCACGAACAUCCAUUAACAAAGUACAUCUUGUUGGCAACCAUUCCCAAAUAGCCCAUCCAUCUCACUAUGAAUAUUUCGCGCCUGCUGAAUCCUACCAGCAGCUCCGAGUCUGAUCACGACGUUUUUGAUUUUGAACAUAAUUCUCCUUCCCCUGAGCAUAAGGGCUACCACACUCCCUCUACACAAUCAGAUAUUCAUCCUCAGGUAGUAGAGUCCAGGAAGCAUGCUUACCCAGAGUUGGUCGAGCAUCCUCAGGACCGUACUACCUGGGAUCAUCCGCAUUAUCAGCCUCAAAAUCAACACCAUUUUCCACAGCAACUGCACCCUCAUCAUCAUCCACAACAAUUACAGCAACAGCCCCCAUCUCCGUACUCUCAUCAAAUCUCCUUACAUCGUCAUAACAUUUAUAACCAUAACCGGCACAACCAGCUGAGCGACUAUAAUAUCACUAGUCAUCAUAGUUCUAAAGACUUAGGCCGUGAAAGCGCUCCUCCCAGUAACUCUUAUUCACAUUCACAUCUUGAUGUUAACUUCAAUAAUUAUGCUUUAAGGAUCAAAGAACAACCACCGACACCAGGUGAGGAGCCUUUAGACUCUGUUAGAACCAUUUCACCUACAGCUACUCGAGAUAGACCUUAUUAUCCAGAUCAUGGUCGUGAGCAAGAACAUGGCUCAAGUGUUGGUGGUCACAAGCGAAAGUAUACUCGAAGGUCUAUAUCCUCAUAUCCUGAUACAGAUGACGCCGUUGCUGCUGUAGAUAAAGCAAAUAGCAUCAUUACAAGUAAUCAAAGUAGUGGGGUAGAUAGCAACCUGUCAGAAGGAAGCAAACCUGGACUUCCUACACCUGAAUCGCCUAAUCAGGCACGGCGGGGUAGCAACACCUCCUCUUCCUCUACUACGACAUCUACCACCAAUCCUUCUUCCAACGUUCGCUCCGCUACUGUUCCUAGUAGCAACAGUAGCACCUCUACGACUACUGCUAUUACCACGGCAACGGCAACCAACAGCGACAUUACACCAAAGUUUGAGCGGAAUGCUGAUGGAAAAUUUCGCUGUACCUGGCCGCGGUGUGGCAAGGAGUUCCCCCUUGAAUCUCGUCUUUCAACUCAUUAUAGAAUUCAUUCAGGGAAACCUCCAUAUCCUUGCGGCUAUCCUGGCUGCACUAAGGCAUUUCACACGUCCUCGUCCUUGUCACAUCAUAGGGUCGUGCAUACUGACCAAGGCCUGAGACCCUAUGUCUGUCGUCAUAAUCGAUGUGGUGCGACCUACACUCAGCUAGCUCGCCUUAUUACACACCAGAGAACAACCCAUAGUGUGACAACUCCGGAUACAGUGGAGCCCCCACGGCGGUCGACGCAGCGGUCGAAAGGGUCAUCGUCGACGUCGAACGGCUCUAAUCAGCUUUCAAGAGGUAACGGAGGCGCUCCAAAGACUGACGUAAACACGUCAACAAAGACAAACGAACGAGACCAACGGGAACAGCGGAACCAGCGUGGAUAUGACGAAGACGAGAGUGAGGCAGCUAUGACGAUGGCCAGUCUUCGUGAGUCAGCGUCAUUAUCUAGUAGGAGGCCACCUCCAGUAUCAGUACCAUCACGCAUUUCAGAGUAUCAUCCAGAGUAUCAUUCAGAUUAUCACCCAGAGUAUCAAUCUGAGUAUCAGCCAGAGUAUCAAUCUGAGUAUCAGCCAGAGUAUCAAUCAGGACAUAAACCCUUACAAAGACAUCAUCAGCAGUAUCAAUCUUAUGACAGAAGACAGUAACAAACAGCUCCAUGAACCUUAUGCAGAGUGGGUAUCAUGGAAUCAAUAUAAGGAUCAGGAUCAAAUCAACACCAUUAGUGAUGGUGGACAACAGCUUACAGCGAUAUCAUUUAUGAUUGGAUUCCCAUAUCGAUGAAAGACGUUUGACGCAGUAACUUCCCAAAAAGCACCCAUUCCUUAUUAAUGAUAAUGAGCGAAGAAAAAGAAAAAAAAAAGUAUGGGCAACAGCUUACGAUAAUGAUGACUACCAUGACUACCAUGACGGUAUCAGCACUGUACCCUAUUCAUUCAUCAUUAGAAGCAUAUUGUUUCAACGAAAGCACACUGAAUAAACGUUUUUGUGUC